AUGACAAGUGGCAGCCAAAUGUUGAACACUAAACCCACCGUUUCACUCAAGGAGGCUAAUCACAAAACGGUGUGUUUCGUUUAUAAGUGCACGGGCACCGAGACAAGCCAAACAUCAUCUUCUUUGCCAGGCACACAGUGCCUCCUCUGCAAUUCAGAAAACCUUAUUAAAGGAGGCUCCACUACCCUCCCCCUACCAAGCUCUGGUGCGUUCGGUCUCUGCUUCGUGGAACAGAGCCAUCACAGACUCAGAGACAAGCUGGGACUUUCAUCGAGCACCUGGUGUGCACACAAGGGGUCGCUCCGCAGCUGUCCAAGGGGUCGUCUAUGGAGUCCACAACCAAAUUUCAGGCAUUCCAAGGGGUCGUUAGACCCCUCUUGUCCCAACGUGCGUCCGCCCCUGCAUAGACAUGCGUCAAGUCUUGAGAAUGAUGAUUCCGGCGAGCACAGUGAAUGGCAGUAG